CUUAAAGCGAACGUCCGGGUCGAGGCAGGCGGAACCCAAACAGGCUGUCCUCUGUUUCUGGAGGAACUUUGAAGUAAGUUAGUUUGACAGCUGGUUCAGACACUGUGGUGCUGCUGCGACGGUGAACAGGUCAGUAGAUCCAGCUGUUAGAGACGGUGUUGCUGAGAGGCGGACAUGGUCUCCACGAUCCAGAACACCGACGUGAAGCAGAAAGAUGCUGCUCGUGCUGCGGUUGUCGCGGUAACGUCUCGCGCUGUGUUUGACUGUGGAGUCGGUGGUGGCGAUGACGUUUGCGGAGUGGGCGUGGCUUUCCCGCUGCUGCAGGCGCUGCAGAGAGUGAAUGAACGUCUGCUGGAGGAAAAUCCAGCUGAGUCGCUGCUGUUUGAUGUCGUGCUGAUCACCACCAGUAGCCAGCAACAGCAGCAGAGCUCCCGCAUCAGCAGCAGCACCAGACAUUACGGUCUCGAAGUCAGCAGGUUCUGUUUUUCCAGCGAGGAGGAUUUCAUUGAGAGUUUACUGACAAAUGGCGUGCAGCUCUUCCUGACAACAGACAGAAACGAGGCAACGCAAGCAUCACAAAGUGGUGUUCUCUCGGCGCUGCUGGACCAGCAGAUUGCUUCCUGUCCUCCAGAGCAGCUCAGAGUAAUGUUCUGUGGGGACGCCAUCGUCCAGCCCGACACUGGCCCAACGCCAGCGAGCCGACAGGUCGCUCAGAGUUUCUCGACUCAGCUUGGCGAGAUGCGGCAGAGGUUCGGCGUGUUCAACAGCCCUCUCAGUAUCGUCCUGGUGACAUCUCGUGGUGGCAGGGAAAGCUGCAGCGGUGCCUUGCAGAAGCUGCGGUCCCGCGGCGUCAGCGUGGAUGAGGCGUAUUGCCUGGCCGGGGCCCCACAGGGCCCCAUCGUGUCACUACUCCGACCUCACUUCCUGCUCAGCGAAGGCUUCAGAAACCUGGAGGAGUGAUGACAUCAUGAGAGGAUGUGCUGUCACAUGACCUCACAAAGAACUUCACUGUCUUUGAAACAAGCUGCCAAACCCUCAAUAUGCACUUAAGUAGUUAAUUGAGCCUUAAGGAACCAAUCAAUCAUCAUGAUGUAAAGCUAAGUGAAGCCCCGCCCACCACCAAAAUUCAAACCACAGGAUUGGACGCUGUUACACAGAAGUAAAAUGGGUAUAUAUUUUUUUGACAUGUAAACAUUGUUUUGAGACAAAUGGAUGAUAUAAAUACAUCUAACAAAUCA